AAUGACAAUGCGCAUAACAAAAUAGGCGCACGCACAAGUGCGUUGUGCAGUGGCAGUGCCCAUGUGGGUUGGGUGGUGUGGUGUUUGUUGGCAUUUCGAAACUCUCUCCUCUCUCUCUCUCCGUGCCAAUUGCCAAAAGCAUAAUUUUCUUUAAAAGAAAUUUGAACCUACCUACCAAUAUCUCUCUAUUUCAUACCUCUCCGUACACGACUUUCGGUGUUACUUUCGGUCUACUUGUUCUCUCCUUUUCUCCUUACGCCUUGUUUCUGUAGAACACACCACACUUUUCAAAGAUUUCUCUUGUUUUGGCUUCUGGGUUUUUCCCAGUUGGCGAGUUUUUGGCUUCCCAGAUUGAUUCCCUUUAUUGGGUUAUGCCUUCUGAAUUUCUAAAUGGGCUGAGUUGAGCAUUUUAUGGGAGGUAGGGAGGACAGCGAACCACCUCUGAAACGUGUUAAAGUUACCUUGACGGAAUCAAAGAACUCCUCAGACCACUCAUCUAUUACAGAUCCUGUUGCUUCCUCUUUGGGAGACUAUAUGGCUAGGCCUCUACCAUCCCAAGGAGAUGAAGAAACAAUUGGUAAAACAGGAGUCAUCAAAAGGUCAGAAUUCAUCAAAGUUAUAACUAGGGCAUUGUACUCACUAGGUUAUGAUAAGACUGGAGCCAUACUAGAGGAAGAAUCUGGAAUACCAAUGCACUCGUCAGUGGUCAACCUGUUUAUGCAACAAGUGAUGGAUGGAAAAUGGGAUGACAGUGUGGCCACUUUGCGUGCAAUUGAUCUCUUGGAUGAAAAGACCAUGAAAUCAGCAUCUUUUGUGAUAUUGGAACAGAAGUUCUUUGAGCUUUUGAAAAAGGAAAAAAUGGUUGCGGCCUUAGAUACUCUACGGAAUGAGAUUGUGCCUCUUCGCAUCAAUGUGAACAAUGUACAUGAACUUGCUGCCUGUAUGAUUUCUCCUUUGCAGCCUGUGCAACUUGAGCCUUCAAGUCAAGAUACUGAUGGUGCAAGCACACGAUCAAAGAUAUUGGAGAAACUUGACGUGCAACGAGAUGCUUGUGUUUUCCAUAACACUUUUGAUAGUGACCUGUCUUUGUAUUCGGACCAUCAGUGUGGAAGAGACCAGAUUCCUUCUCAGACGUCGCAGAUACUGCAUGCGCAUAGUGACGAAAUAUGGUUUUUGCAAUUUUCACACAAUGGGAAAUACUUGGCUUCUUCUUCCAAAGAUCAGUCGUCCAUUAUAUGGGAGGUCAAAGGGGAUGGCCAAGUUUCAGUGAAACAUGUAUUGACUGGUCACCAGAAACCUGUGCUGACUGUUUCAUGGAGCCCUGAUGACCGCCAACUGCUGACAUGCGGACUAGAGGAGGUCAUUAGACAGUGGGAUGUUACUUCUGGAGAAUGCCUCCAUGUUUAUGAAAAAAAUGGUGUUGGUCUUAUUUCCUGCGGGUGGUUUCCUGAUGGUAGAGGGAUAUUCUCUGGCAUGACUGACAAGAGUAUCUGCCUGUGGGAUUUGGAUGGAGUAGAGCUAGAAUGUUGGAAAGGGCAGCAAACACUCAAGAUAUCGGACAUGGCUAUAACUGAUGAUGGGAAGAGGAUCAUAAACAUAUGCAGAGAAACCACAAUAUUAUUACUUGACAGGGAGGCAAAGUUUGAAAGGCUGAUUGAAGAGGAUGAAGUGAUUACUUCAUUUUCGUUAUCGAAGGACAAUAAGUUCCUGCUUGUCAAUCUCAUAAACCAAGAAAUUCAUCUUUGGAGCAUAGAGAGUGAACCUAAGGUUGUUUCCAAGUACAAAGGUCACAAGCGUGCCCGAUUUGUCAUUAGAUCUUGUUUUGGUGGAUUUGAGCAAGCCUUUAUUGCUAGCGGGAGUGAGGAUUCACAGGUGUAUAUAUGGCAUAGAGGGUCUGGGAAGCUCCUAUUGGCUCUUCCUGGGCAUUCUGGAGCUGUAAAUUGCGUGAGCUGGAAUCCUGUGAACCUUCAUAUGUUGGCUUCAGCUAGUGAUGACCGUACAAUUCGAGUAUGGGGUUUGGAUCAUCUCAACCUGAGACGGAAAGUCUCUCAAAGCAAUGGCAUUGCCCACCUUGCUCACCAGUUUAAUGGUAGAACUUGAAAUGAUUUCUCUAGACAGUUCCAAAAAUUACUUGGGUUUGUUAACCACUGUUGUGUUCUUCGAAAGGUGUUAGAUUUAUCUAGUGAAUUAUUUUUUCUGUUGCUUUUUAUUGUUGGCAUAGCAGGCACAGACAGAAUAGUCUGUCAUCUGCCGAAUACAGUGCAAAUUAAUGACCAUAUGAAUGAUUGUAGCCAGUAGAAGUUGGUUUUAGAAGCUGUAUUAUUAAACCU